CGCUCGCUCGCUGUAAAUUGGUCGUUGAGACUGAAUAGAUGGAAGCGGUGGUGAAGAAGUAUCAGCAAAACUUCAAGAAGGUGAGAGAAAAGAUGGAUCAAUGGGAACAGCUUCAAGGUCUUCUAGUUCAACAGUUUAGGAACGCUUCUUCCAUUAUCGAGAGGUUAGAGACUAUUCAAGAUCUCAGAAAUUAUGGUACUUUGAAUUGUGUGGAUGGAAUUGAAGUCUCCGUAUUUCGUAAGCAGUUGGAAUCUUUGGAGAUCAUCUUGCUAUCAAUGAAGAAGACGAUGGAAGAGAUGCGGAAUAUCGUCGAUUAUAUGGAGAAGAUGCAUCGUAAUAGUGGACAGCUGAUAAAAGUUGGUUCAAGUCAGCCGAGCUCCAAGCAACUGCAUAAUCGAAUUGGGGUUAAACCUUGUCUUGCGGAUUGCUUGGAUGGGCUCAGGAUUCUUUAUGACAUGCAUCAUUCUGAGUACCUUCUCAAGUCAUCUAUUGUUUCAGCACUUUCAUCACUUGCCUUGAAACCUAGUGCUAGUGAUCUAGGAGCGCUACUGCAACUCUUGGUUGAUCAGCCUAACAUUCCCAAAGAAGAAGGUGGGUGGAAAUUGUACAACUCAUUUUUGACAUCAUAUUUGCGGAGGAGAUCUGUUGAAUUCAUUGGGUUUGUUCACAAGAUACUAUGUCGAAGGUCGAAACUUGAACGUGUGGAAGCAGCAUGGACAUGGAAAAUGACGGUAGCAGAACGAUUGUUUCCUUGCAAAAUGACGCUUUGAAAGAAUGUCUAUAAGGGAUCCUGAAAUGAUCAUCUUUGGCAGCUGCAGGGCUCAUAACUUUCCUGGCAGCAAAUGUAGGUCUUUCUUCUACCGAAGGCUUGCAAGAUCUCCAAAUUCUUUUGAGGAACCAAACUAUCCUUUCCUUUGGCCUUCGUCCUAGUUGAAGUGAGACAUGCCACGACUUGUCUGUUUGUGUGCCAAGACAUGUCAACUGUACUGUAUUUUUUUGCAGAACCUAAUACAUCAUAUAUCCUCAAGUCUCCUCAUGCUAAUUAGUCAACAACAUAUGCUGAUUAGUUGAGACUAUGUUGAAUUUGA